AUGGCUGCUGCUGAAGUUGAAGAGGCUGUACCCGCUGGCGGUGCUGAUGAAAUUAAGCCCUACAGAAUACAUGUAUCAUCAAAAUAUCUAGAACUCACAAAACAGAAACUUGAAGUUACCCGAUUGCCUCAUGAGUUCCCGGAACCGAAAUCGAAAGAUUGGUGGGAGCCUAAGUCUCAAAUAGAACCACUGAUUGACUUCUGGUUAGAGCAAUAUUCGUGGAGAGUCCAAGAAGAUCUCUUGAAUACGGAGUUGCCUCAAUUUCGCACCGAAUUUUCUAUACCUUCAUCUGAAGCAAUCGUUAGAAUUAACUUCAUUCAUGCUCGUUCUUCUCAUUCAAAUGCAAUACCCCUUCUUUUGAUACCCCCAUUCCCUUUUUCAAACCUCUCUUUUGGACAUCUCGUCAAGCUUUUCACAGAACCGGAAGAUGUCGCGAAUAAUCAGCCCUUCCACCUAGUUAUACCCGCUCUACCGGGGUUGGGUUUUAGCGACGCGCUUCCGAAUAAUACACCGAUGAUCUCAUCCACAGGAGAAAUCUUGAAUUCGUUAAUGAGCCGACUUUCAUACCCUCAUUACUUGAUAACGAAUGCAAGUUCUGGAAUCAAUUCACCUGCGGAAAUCGACUUUAAAAUUGCCAAUUAUCUAGUAACUCAUCAUUCCGAUUCCUGCCUGGGUGCUCACUUGAUAUCACCCCCUUUGGCACGACCGAAGCUCCGAGAAGCACCGGUCGAGUGGGCAAAAUGGUCCGUUGCAAGUUUAUUUCGUGCCCCUAUUCUUGGGUACCGUAAAGAGGAUUUCUCUGCUCUCAAACGAAACAGCCUCUCUCGUUCGUCAAAGAAAACGCCAACUCCCGCUCGGUUCGGAUUAAAUCAAUUGGGUCUUCGGGAGCCAAACACCUUAGCAUAUGCGCUGUGUGACUCGCCAACAGGUCUGUUGGUCUUCGUGCUGAAGAGUCUCCGCUUGCUUGACCCCAAGAAAGAAUUUGCACCUACAGAAGUGAUUAACUUCACUCAGCUUUCUUGGCUCCCCGGUCCAGAGUCAGCCAUGAGAUUCUGGGCACAUUGCGCACGGUAUCCAGAAGUGGAUAAGAAAGUUCGCUCACGACCUAAAAUCGGAAUCACAGUAUUUCUAGGCGAUGAGCCUAGUACGAAUGAGGACACGGAAGCAGAGGCUAUCGAGCUGAUACAGGACGAGGCAAAGGACUGCUAUAUGUGCCCUAGUUGGGCCAAGACGAAAUACAAUGUAGUCCAUGUCAACCGUGCGAUAGGAAGAUCGGGACUCCUAGCUUGGGAUCGACCCGAAAUCAUUGCUACAGGUGUAAGAGGGGUAGCCGCUUCGAUUUUGCGGUCAGAUUCUCGAUUACGGCCUGCGGCGUCACCGACGCCAGCGCCAGCGGUGGCCGAUUUAGAGCGAGUGGUAGUCCACGACGACACUACCGUUGAGCAACCAUCAUCUCCGCCGGCGCAAACAACUCCAACACUUCUAGUACCGCCAAGGGGCGAAGAGCGCAACCAGCCACAUAGAGAAGUCAGCGAUGAGACGGCUGUAGGAAGCAAUGAGGAUAUCCCUGGGAAAACUCUUUCCCCGGCUCCAAAGGUACCAAGUCCAACGCAUCUUGCACCACCGGCCGAUGAGCGAGAACACCCGCGCCGAGAGGCGAGUGAUGACACGGCUGUAGAACAGUCUAAUAACUAA